UUUCUCCACCAUGUCUUUUCGGCCAAUGUUCCAACAGCGGGCUGUGGCUCCCCUCGCGGCCUCUCUUUUGGCUGGAGGAGUCGCUCUCUAUCCCCGACGGACGGCCUUUGCAGAAGAGCCCCGGGACCUGAAACCGAUCUACGAUGACUACGAGGACGAGAUCCCGACCACCAGAAACAUUCCCACUCCCACGACGCCCGCCGCCGUCUCGUCGUCCAUUAUCCCGGUCACACCCACCACCUCCUCCGCUACCUCCUCCCCGACCCCCACAGAUAUCCUGACGGCCCAGGUCCGUCAAGCCCGUCUAUUCCUGUACCAAAACUCCCUGGCCGUGGAGACCUGCUUCAACAACUUCCUGUCGCGGGCCCUGCACAUCGAGAACGCCUUCACCAACACCGUCGCCUCGCUGGCCCCCUCGCCCGAGUCGGGCGAGCGCCUUCUCCCCGGGGGCGUCUACGUCGUCGUCGCCGCCAUGGCCGGCUCCAUCGUCUCGCGCAACCGCGGCCUGAUCCUCCGCACGGCCUCCCCGCUCGCCUUCGGCACCGUGGCCGCCUGGACCCUGCUGCCCGUCACCAUGCGCAACGUCUCCGACCUCGUCUGGGAGUACGAGAAGAAGGUCCCCGUCGUGGCCGACUCGCACCUGCGCUUCCGCGCGCAGGCCGAGCACUUCUACCACACCGGGGUCGCCCACAGCGCCAUGGGCCGCGCCAUGAUGGAGGAGAAGAUCGGCGAGGCCCGCAAGAAGCUGGAGGAGAUUGUCAGCAAGGGCCACUAGAGCGGUGCUUCUUUUGUCUUGCUAGAUUCCAUCUACCUUUCUUUGCCUUCCUUCUUGGUGUUUAGCCCUUCUCCUGUGUUCAUUCUCCCUCUCUGCUUUGAAGCGGACGUGAUACAUUGCUACUCCUCCCUUUUCCUGACCUCCGUGCGCGGGUUGAAAGACUUCCGUGUGGCCGUGGAACUGGGAUGAUCUACCUACCGGACUCGUAUAUCUACUUCUGGCAUAACUUAUCCUCCUUCCGUCCCUCUGUCCAUUUGUCUGGCUGUGUGUAUGUGUGUACUUUACGAGGGUUAGAAUUGAAGAACGC